CUGGUUCAACAACUCUGAUUCACUCUGUAUAUAAUCAGCUUGAAGUAAAGAAUCUUCAGUUACCACUCGAUCAGUGCAUGUGUAAUAUCUCAUCCGAAUCACUUUUGAUAUUCCCAUGCCAAGAUUUGAUGAGAAUUAAUGGCAAGGGACGACAUCAAUAAAAAAACCGAAAUGAUAAAACCAAGUAUUUUCAAAUUCGAAACUGACAUAAUAUGGUAUAUUGCUUUCCAAGUCUUUCUAUUGCACGCUAUUGGUAUUUAUGGUUUAUUGACUUUCAACUACUGGCAAAAUUUGAUGACUACAAUAUGGAUAAUCGCUAUGCAUAUCAUAUCUAAUAUUGGAGUGUCUGGUGGCGCUCAUCGACUUUGGUCUCACAAAAGCUAUAAAGCAAAGUUACCGUUAAGAAUUCUACUUUUGAUAUGCUUUAGUGCAGGUGUACAGAAUACCAUAUGCAGUUGGGUGAAAAAUCAUCGUAUGCAUCAUAAAUAUAGCGAUACUAAUGCUGAUCCUCACAAUUCUCAACGCAGCUUUUUUUAUGGACAUGCGGGAUGGGUGUUUAUGAAAGAACAUCCGGAAUUUAUUAAAAAGAGCAAGCAGCUCGAUUUAUCGGAUAUUUUGUCAGAUCCUGUUGUGAUUUUCGGCGAAAGGUACUUCUUGCUUCUUCAACUUUUUUUUGGUUUUAUCCUACCUACAGCAGUACCUGUAUAUCUAUGGAACGAGACAUGGAAUAGAGCUAUUGUAUCGCAAAUAUUCAUAAGAUACAUGAUUACGUUAAAUGCCGUGUGGUCUAUCAAUAGCAUUGCUCAUGUGUGGGGUACUAAGCCAUACGAUAAGUGCGUAAUUUGA